CUUUCAUUCCGAACAAUGGCCAACUUGGAGGCGUUAGUAGAGGUGCUCAAGCAGCUCGCACCGCAGUUGCGUGAAUACGAGCCGGCCAACGAGACGUGGCAGCAGGCCGAGAAGAAGGCACUGGAAGCUCGUGAUGAGGUGGAGACAAUGCUGCGCUCAGCCGAGGAUAUAGCUCGGCUUCGGGGCAGCGGUGCUCUUCAGGACAUGAAGCGACUCGUUCCGGAUAUAACUCGGGAGGAAAUUGCCGAGCUGAAAGUGUCCGACUUUGUGCUGGGAAUGAUCUUCGAGAAGCCCUUUGCAGCAUUUGAGCGUACAUACCGUGGCUUUGGCGCCGAGUAUGCCAAGGAGUUGUCGAACGAGGCGCGGAAGAGCUCCAAUCUCAUCAAAACCUCUUAUGUGUACGGUGAGAUCCUCUUCUUCCCAUUUGCGGAUAUUAUCCGCUGGGUGGCUCCCUUUCUGCCGGAUUUUGCCAUUUUCUACGACCUGGGAUCGGGUACGGGCAAGGCGGUCAUCGCAGCGAGUUUGGUGCACCCGUUUGAUCAGGCUAUUGGAAUCGAGUUGCUUGAGCCGCUUGCUCAUUGUGCUGAAAAGCGGAAGACGGCCUUAGAGAAACUCAAGUCCCCACUACUCAAGACAGACAUCGACUUUAUGAUAGGCGAUUUGCUUACGACCAAAUGGGAGGAUGGAGAUGUUGUCUUCUGUCACGGCACGUGCUUCAACGACGAGGAGUGGACCAAGAUUUCUCGGGCAGCCGAGAAGAUCAAGCAGGGCUCGUUUUUCAUUUCGACGACACACGUGCUGCGUACAGGGCUCUUCGAAGUGGUUAAGAGCCUGAACUUCACGAUGAGCUGGGGAACUGCUGCUCGCCGACGCAAGAUUGGUCGCUGGGCUGCUGAAAUGUUGCGAGGUGGUCGAUCCACACGCACUGACCUGUUGCAGCAGCAGUCACAAAAUCAGCAGAUGGAAGGACGCCAGGCGACUCCUGCUGAAGCAUUGACGCAGUAAGGGAAUACUGUAUGUUUUUCUGCCAAGCCGCACGAUAAUGGAUCUACAGGGAUGAAGUGAUGGUCAAAAUACAACAAAGUCCUCCUC